AACAGAGGAGCUCGUGAGGAUUCCGACCAUCAUGGCUUUCUCCUGGAAUUUCGCUGGCGCUUCCUCAGAAGAUAUGGGUUUAGACGGCUCUCCAGACUUGAGGAGAAACCUGUUUUGUCACGUUUUUCUUGCGUAUUCCAAGGACCAUGUCCUGGUGUAACUGUGAAAAUGGAUCAUUUCGAAGUACCUGGCGUGUUUGGUAUAGAAGCAAAAUGUGUAUUUCAUAACCAGUAGGUCGUAUUUCUUAACCACAAUGGCAACGCUGAUGGGUGAACCACUGCAUUUUUAUCCACUUGUGUAUGUGAGCAUUCUGUCUGCAGCUUGUUACAGCUUGUCUGCAGCAUUUGUGAGAGGGCCACCAUUCAACCUACAGAUGAAAUCUCAUAAUUUUCAACAUAUUUUGUCCUGGCAGGCAGAAAGUGAUCCAACUGUGCCAACACACUAUCGUGUGUUGUAUACUGACCGCAAAAAUGRCUGGAUGACUGCUAAACAGUGUUCAGAUAUUACACAGUUCUCGUGUAAUCUGACAGAGGAUUUUAAAGAUGUUUUUCCUUACUCUACAUUGGUUCAGAGCUUUGUGGAAAAGGAAGUAUUCAAUUCUUCUGCACUUUAUUUUGUACCGUUUACUGACACAUUCCUGGGACCCCCUGAAGUUAACAUAAGUUCCUGUGUAAACUGCUUAAAUAUCACUGUAAAGCUGCCGAAAUCUCACUUGAGAAAAGAUGGAAAGCUGCUGUCUUUAAUUGAUAUAUAUGAAGAGCUUGAUUAUGAGAUAAGACUGAAAACACCUGAGGGAGAGCAGAGGCGAUCUGAAAAAACGACUAGAGAAAUUUUUAAURCAGUGCUGGAAGAGUUGUAUCCAAAUAGAAAUUACUGUGUGUYCAUUACUAUCUCCGCGUCUCUAAAUAAGAAUUCCAUUGCAUCACCCUGGAAAUGUGCAACUACAGACUCUAUAGCUCAACAAGAUUAUCGUGUUGAUACAAUCAUAGGUGCUGUAUGUUUUUCGUUGUCAAUCAUGGUCAUCCUGCUCUGUUUGUAUGCAGGAGGUUUUAUACUUCAACRAAACUCACUUCCCCGUACUUUGGUAUCCAUCAAAACAUCAUCUGACUCACCUUUUACAUUUGAAUCUGAAAAAAUAGACUUUGUAGAGGUCAUCUCUAAGGAUGUUAGAAAAAAGGCAAAGGAAUUUAUUGGCUAUGACAGUGAUGAAGAURACGACGACGACAGUGAGAGUGAAACCAGAAGCAAUAAUGACUACAGAAGGCGUGAUAUCUUCCGACCGCCUCGACCCUCGGACACGUCCCACGUGUUUGUGCAGUGCUGCGCAGACAGCACGUGCAGAGACGACGGCAGCCAGGCCAGCCAAAACCCAGACUCGGACCUCGAGGUGUUUGAAGAGAACGAAACAGACACCGAAGAAGAGAAAGGUGCAAGCGGAGAGUUAAUUAAUUCUUUCUCUGAGGUCAAUUGUCCUUCUGAUGGGUCAAGGAGCAGUGCUUGCUUUACCAUAAACUUAAAAACUGUGCUCCUGGGGCUGUCUGAAGGGAAUGCAGACGGCUCUGCCGCUCUCCUCUCUUCCCAAGAAGAUAAGGACGACUGGCCAGAUGCUGGUGGUUUUGACUCAGAACUUCUUGAUGAUGCAGAAAGCRUGCAGAAACCACUCUGUCCUGAUGUCUCUUGUGAGUGGCCAAGCUCUUCUAGUUCUGAUGAAGGUGAUUCAUCAGACUCGGCUAUGGACCCAAAAACUGAAUACAUAAGAAGACGAGAAUACAUGAGAAGAUGAGAACCAUUGUUUUAUAACAUACAAAUGUAUAUUGUCUGCUCUAGCUGCUUCUGGACAGAACACAGAUUUGGUCUUUCUCUCUUUUAACAUUCUUGAUAGCUGUACACUGAAAACAGGUGAGACUCCCUUGUAACAAGUACUGCGGUGGCAGGUGUACAUCUACAGGUGUAGUCGGGCUUGUAUUAUUAUCUACAGUGAAACACCCGUGACUGUUAAGGGACUAAGAUGGGGCAGGGAUAGAGAUCAGCUAUUUCAUUUUGCAGUUUGAUGGUGCCUGGGGGGAGUUCAUCGUGUAGGAAGAGGUGAGUGGCUGGUCUCCUAGUCAGAAGCAUUUAUCAGCAUUGGAAAGAACGAUAGGGAGCAUGGAAGUGGUGGGUUCWUGGAACUAUUUCAUCGCUCUGUUAGUGCAUUGUUUUACCAAGGGGAUUGCAGACAUCGAGGU